AUGGUCUGUAAUUUUUGGAAUGCUGAGGGCUGGGAUGUGGAACUUCUUCUUUCUGUUCUUCCUCGUAAUAAUGUGAAUUUCAUCAUUAAUGUUCCAACUGGUUUUAAUGAGUGCGGUGAUGAUAUUAGAAUUUGGAACUCUACUUCUAAUGGUCAGUUUUCUGUAAAGUGUGCAUAUAAUUCCCUUUUUGACUUGUCUGAACCUGUGAAUCCUCAAUGGAGUGCCUUAUGGAACUUUGAUCUGCCCCCAAAACUUAAGACCUUUUUGUGGACUUUACUUCACAAGAAAUUGCUUACCAAUGUUCAACGAGUUACUAGAGGUUUUGCUUCUAAUCCUGCUUGCCCCAUUUGUCAUUCUAAUGGAUGGAUUAAUGCUUCUCUCCACUGUCAUACUGCUAUUCAAGAUAAUAUCAGAUGGAAGUGCUUGUUUAUUUUCAUCUGUUGGUUUAUUUGGAAGUGGAGAAAUAAACAGGUUUUUGAGCCUGGCUUUGUUCUUCCUGCUUGCUUCAAGAAUAUGAUAUGGGAUUAUGCUAUUGAAUGGAAGAAAACUAAGUUGAAAUCCAAUGAAAAUUCCAUGUUCAGCUAUACUAUGCUUUCAUGGAAAAGGCCUCCUGAGAAUUUUUUCAAGUUAAAUGUUGAUGGAACUAGGACUUCUCCUUCUGGUAAAAUAGGUGCUGGUGGUGUUAUUAGAAAUCAUUGUGGAGACUGGAUUAUUGGAUUUCAUAUUAAUCUUGAAGUUGGUGAAAUCUUGGAUGCUGAAGCAUGGGGUCUUUUUCAUGGUCUGAAGCUGGCUGUUGAUUUGAAUAUCAAAAACUUAGUGAUUGAAUCUAAUUCUGCUGUCUUGGUCCAACUGAUGCAAAAUUCCAACUUUGAUAUUCAUCCUUUGGGUUCCCUUCUUUGUGGUUGCAAAAACAUGAUGAACAAGAUGGAUGAUGCUUAG